GAGAUACGUACGAGAGGAAAUCAACACCAGCGUGAAUUAAAAUGUGUGGUUUGUCCAGACUGUAGGAUUGUUGAGUUGAAUUGAGUUCAAUCACCUGCUACCUCCUUAAAUGGGCAAUGGCUCUGCGGGCGUGUGGACUCAUCAUAUUCCGGCGGCUGAUUCAGCCUCCUCCUUCGGACAGCAUCCAGUACCUCCUCCUCCAGACCUCAUAUGGCGAGCACCACUGGACUCCACCGAAAGGUCAUGUUGACCCGGGCGAGGACGACAUGACCACUGCCCUCCGGGAGACCCAGGAGGAGGCAGGGCUGGGUGGGGAGCAGCUGAGGAUUGUGGAUGGCUUCCUGAGCGAGCUUCGGUACGAGGUGCGGGGCAAGGGGAAGGUGGUUCUCUACUGGCUGGCUGAGCUGAAGGACCCCGGGACUGCGGUCACCCUGUCAGAGGAGCACCAGGAUUACCGCUGGGCUGGGCUGGAGGAGGCGUGCGCAUUGGCCAGGUACAAAGACUUGCAGGACGCCCUGCGGGAAGCGCACCGCUUCCUGCUGGCGGGGAAGGCACAGUGAUGCCAUUGUCUGUGUCAUCGAAAACGCUGCAUUGGAUGAAGGCAGCACAUUUAAUGUGGAAAAAAGUACUUGACACAUUAAAGGGAACCUUAUGGACCCACAUCACCAUGUUAUGCUGUAUAUACCGUCUAUUAUAGACCUUGCUGAGGCAUGUUCAGGGAGCAAGUUGAGCAAGCUGACACAGAUGCAGGUAUAUUGUACUGGCAUGCCCACAAACACUGCAGUCAGUGACUGAUUUGCAGAGAUUUGCAAAUACAUGGAAAUUGUCCACAUUAUUAUUUUUUUUAUCUGAUUUGUUUUCUGAAAGUACAUAUGUGUUCCUCCACCAUGUCUGUAAAUCUAUGAAGUCAUUAAAUUAAAAUGUUCUAAAAGUUUAAUUGCACAAACAUGUAAUGAACAAAAUCAAUUAACGUUUCUCCAUUCUCAUAUAUGAUUGACCGUUUAACAAACUGCGCAUGGCUGCUUCCCAUUCGCUCUGCAUGACCCCACCGCCCACUCCUUGACUCCAGCGAUCUGUGCUGGAGACGUCUACCCAUUUUGUUUUCCGAUCUUCUGUUCCUUUUCACGUGAUGGGAAUCCCUGUAGUGAAGUGUUUAGAACACAUCUGUAAUGUGCCUAAUUGCAGUGAAGGACUGUGUGUACACAUACAUAUUUAAUGAUAAAGAACAUUAAAAUGUUAAAAGUGCAACACCAUAUAAGACACGACAGAUAG